AUUGCGAGUCGACCGGGCAUGAUGAUGAAAGAGGAAAUAAAGCCCCAUUGUCCAUCGCAAGACCUGCAGCACGCGACUCCGCCUGGAAAUACUGCAUGAAAAACUACACCGGUGCAGAAGUAUAUAAGUCACUGAAGUUCUUCUCAAGUCGUCCAGAACACUUCCAAGCACUUCCAAGCACACACAUUCUACAAAGAUCCCUACUUCUGUCAAUCAUGAAGCUUUCUCUUUUCCUCGCUACGGCUCUUCUAGCCACCGGCUCUCUGUCUCGCCCCUCUGGCACCAAGCUCGCAGAUCGCCUUAACCGCCGAGCAUUGGCCCGCGGCUCCAAGCCCCUCGUCCCUGUCUUUGACGACGAAGAAAAGACCGAUGUUGCCGGCAACAACACGGCCAACGUCGCCUACUCCUCCAACUGGUCCGGUGCCGUCCUCGAAAGCCCGCCAUCGGGGCAGUCCUUCAAAUCUGCCUACGGCACCUUCACCGUGCCCAGUGUCUCAAAGGGCACGGGCAGCCAAAGCUCGUGGUCCAGCAGCGCCUGGGUCGGCAUCGACGGCGACACCUACGGCAACGCUAUCCUGCAAGCCGGUGUGGACUUCACCAUUAGCUCUUCCGGCACCGUCUCGUAUGACUCCUGGUACGAGUGGUACCCUGACUAUGCGUACGAUUUCAGCAACUUCGCUGUACAUACUGGAGAUGUCAUCGCGAUCUCCAUCGUGAGCAGCAGCAGCUCCAAGGGCACGGUUACUCUUGCCAACAAGACCACGGGAAAGAGCGUCAGCAAGACGCUGAGCGCGCCGGACAGCUCGUCGACGCUGGCGGGCCAGAACGCCGAGUGGAUCGUUGAGGACUUCGACGAAAACAACUCCGAAGUGCCGUUGAGCGACUUCCAUACGGUCACGUUUACGGGCGCAUCGGCUAAGACGGCGUCGGAGACUGUGGGCUUGAGUGGCGCAACGGUCAUUGAUUUGAAGCAGAACAGCAAAGUUUUGACUACGGUCACGAUUGAGAGCGAUUCGUCGGUGCAAAUCACGUACGUGUAGGUGCUCGUGGGAGUACAGCUAGGUUAUAAGUCUGGGCACACGGAUAUGCCACUGCUGGGUUUCACUCUUCUCACUCGAUAUCACCGUCAAAAGGUAGUCUAGUUCGUAGUGCAUCAACAUAUAUAUUAUACUUGAG